CGUUAGUCCGCCGUCCUCAGUACGAGCUAACCCGACCUGCGAACAACCCGCACGCGCCCUUACAAAGUGUACCAGUGACCAUGCAUGUGCUAGCCACCAUACUCCUCGCGUACCUCGCGAACGAAGUCCGAGCGGCGAUACGGACACCCCUCGAGGCGUUCAGACCCUCGGGGGAGAUCCACAUACGGCGGCCCGACAAACUGCCUUUCCUGCCGCACAGGAGGACGAUGCAGCAGAAGAGCGGCCUGCGGAUUCUGUAUCAGACAGGCGUAUCCGAGGAGGAUCUGCCAGACUGCCGAGCGCGCCAAGUGUGCAGCAAAGUUGACCUGUACGACACCACGCAGCCCUGGAUUGAGAGGAAAUGCCGCUGUUUGGGACAUAGGCCGUGCUCAAGCGAUCUAUCAGCGGAUGACAACCACACGCUUGCCGACAAGACCACACUGUACAAGACCUGCGAGCCGGUGAAGCGUUUACCAAAAUGCCGAUAUUUCAAAGACGCCGCAUGGACCAUUUUCUCGUUACCAGACAGCAACGCUACGCAGCAGAUUGUGAACUGCCACUGCCCCAAGUCGUCGGUCACGUAUCUCUUGAAGAAGUUGCCGUAUACGACACCUAGCGGCGAACAGGGGAAUCAGUACCAGUUCGCGUGCUCGCCGCAAAGCAGGCUGAGGUGUUCACGCAAAGAGCCCUGCCGGCUGUUCAGCGCGCGACGACGCCACGAGCAGAUCGACGAAGUGAACGCGAGCACGAUAUGCCAGUGUCCCAGAGACCACACCUGUCCCAAACACCACACGGAACCCGGAGUGCUACCCGGUGUCACCUACGUCGCUGAGGACAUCCGCACAUAUCACGGCUACUGCAUGCCCGAACCACCACCCGACACCUACAGGUUCGUGGGCGACAAGGACUGAAACACGCCCCAGACUAAUUGUGAUCAUCUUACAACUUCGUGCUUUAUUCCCAAACCUGUUUAGUACAAAAUUUUAGGUUAUCGCCAAGAAGCGUGUAUCCUGCUUCUAGUUAGCGAUUUUAAAUACCAACUGUUCGGAGUAUAUGGUUUUAACAGACGACAUUAACAGGUAACGUUACUAAUCAGAGCUAACCUCGUAUAUUUCUGGCCAGUUUACGCGGACCCAUUGACACUAUGAUGACCUCAGUGUAAAUAUAAACUAAGUCUCGAUAUCGGUAUUACUUAGGUAUUGUUUCUGUUAUGUUUUGUAAAUAAUAAUUUUAAGUGUAAGUAAUCAUUCCAAACGUUUAGUUUAAAUUAUUUUUUCAUAUUUUAAUACUUGCCAUACUUACAUAGUUGUUUUUGAAUUUGAUUAGAGUUAAAGUAUUUCAAUGUGGGCGAGGCAGGAUUUUUUAUCUUAAUAUUGUAACAAUGCAUCAUUUUAUGUCUUAACAUGUUUCAGAGUUAUACGUAGACUCAGCUUUUAACAAUUAACAGUAAAUAAUAAAUGGAAAAUGGAAAUAUCACGAAAUUUACUGUUAUUAGCUAUUUUUAUUUUAUACUAUUUUUAUUACAUGUUAUCCGGCAAUAAUUUAAACAUUUGAACACGAGUCAUGAAUAUAAGUAGUUUUAUUUUUGUGACAACAUCUAUGCCUCUGAAUAUAUAAGCCUAAAAUGUAUGAGAAACGACAUACAAUUUUGUGAAAUAUAUUUAUAUUUGUAUUAGUAUUCUGCCCGCCUCUGUGAGAUAAGGUAACUUUACUCGUAUUAAGACUGUUGCUGUGUUUCCAUGUCUUCCAAACAAAGACGAAUAUGUUUAUUGUGUUUAUUUGCGACUGUAUGCUGUUUGUGUUAAAAUGAAAGCCAUAUUUUGGUUAUGUUUAAAAUGCGAUUAUACACUAGGCAUUUUAAAUAAUAUAUAAAUAUAAAUUGUUCGGUUGUUUUUUAUUGAAUAAUUUUGUGUAUGUAUGCAAAUUUUGUCUAGAAUCGCAUUAACCAUGUAUUUAUGUAAAUAUGAGAAAAGUGUUAAUAAAUGUAUAAUACCGUUGGGCGGUAUGUCUUCCUUGUUUUAUGUAUAGAGUAUAAGUUAAAUUAUUGACACAAAAAGGAUUAAAUGUUUCGAUAUCAUCA